GAAGAAGAAGACGUCAUCAACAUGCGCCACAAUCACGCCACACUCUGUCUGCGACCUUUAUACAACUCCGUCUUGUAUUUGUAAUGUUACUAAUGAUGUGAGAGUUGUUUAGACGUGUUAGUGUUUGCUGAAGAAACCAUAAAAAUAUGCUUCGAGUUUCCGUCUUCGUUUUCAACAGAGGAGCGGCUCAAAGGUUUGCCUCAUCGUUCUCCGGUGAGCGUGCUCUCCCUCCAAACUUACUCCUCCCCUCCAACCUGGUGGAUCCUGCCAGAAUAAAGCGUCGUCCUCCCCCCGCUGACUGCUCCCUGCCUCUGCUGAGGACGUGUGAUGCGGCGGUCCCGGUUCACCUGAGCCCGGUUCAGACGUGGGUGGACACUCUGCAGAAGGACCGCGAGCCGCUCGGUUUGACGGAGCUCCACCCAGACGUCUUUUCUGUGCCUCCGAGGCUCGAUAUUCUACACGCCGUUGAAGUAUGGCAGAGAAACUACAAACGCAUUAGCCACGCCAACACAAAGGUGAGGUCUGAAGUGCGAGGCGGAGGCAGGAAACCAUGGAAACAGAAAGGAACUGGGAGAGCUCGCCAGGGAAGCAUCCGAGCGCCUCAUUGGAGAGGAGGUGGAGUGUCUCACGGGCCGAGAGGACCGACCAGUUACUACUACAUGUUACCCAUGAAGGUUCGAGUGCAGGGACUCAAAGUGGCUCUGACUUCCAAGUUGGCGCAGGAAUGUCUUUACGUUGUGGACGCUCUGAACCUGCCCACGCCCGACUCUCAGUACCUGCUGGAGCUCAUCAGACAGCGACACUGGGGCGAGUCCGUGUUGAUAGUUGAUGUGGGUGAGGAGUUCCCUGAAAACAUCCUGCUGGCCACAGAAAAAUUAAAGACUGUUAACAUCAUUCCAGCCAUCGGUCUGAACGUGCACAGCAUGCUGAAGCACGAAGCGCUUGUCCUCACCCUGGAAACGGUGAAGUUCUUGGAGGACAAACUUCUUUGGCACAACCAGCGCUUCUCUUCUCUCUAUCCGUUCAAACUGCCCUACUCUGACUUACCGUGGCAGAAAUGAUCAUCGGACGCUUUCAAACAUUUUGCUUUAUUGUGUAACAAUAAAAAAGUCAUACUUGAAAAAAUAAAAAAAUCAUUCAAAGUUAAAAAC